UUGACUGACAUUUCCAAGAAUUAAACAUGAAGAAUUUACUGUUUGCUGUAACCUUAGUUAUUAUUCAAUAUUCAAACCUUCCAGUGGUGCUGUCAGUUAAUUCUUCUACGGAUCAUAACGGUUUUAGUGUACUUGUGAAGGAAUCUUCUUAUGUGGACAAGACGUUGUUUAUCAAAGAAGUUCUUCAAGAUCGAGGACAUAAAAUUGUGUUUACAGCUCCGCAUGGGUUCGGUAAAACAUCAAUUCUGCAAAUGUUGAAAGCGUUCUUUGAAAUAGAAGCAAACUAUGUUGGAGAUAGACUAACUUGGAUAAGAGACAUGACUAACCCAGUGAAAGACACUCCUAACUACAAACUGUUCAAGGACACCAAGAUCAUGGACCAUAAAGACAUCAUGAAUGAACAUUUUGGUAAAUACCCAGUUGUGCAUUUAGAUUUUAAGAGUGCAGUCGGAUUUAAUCACUUCAACGAAACUCAGGAUCGUUUCAGAGAUGUUUUGCACGAAGCUAUUUCAAAACACUCUUAUUUGAAAGACAGCAACAAACUUUAUGAUGAGGAAAGAGAAUUUAUUAGACUGUGGUCCUCUGAUGAGUACAAACUUGAAGACAUGGGAACUCUGAUACCGGGACUGGAGAAGCUAUCCAAGUACCUCUUCAAGCACUUUGACAGAACUAGAGUGAUUGUCCUGAUAGAUCACUAUGACUCACCUAUCUUCUACUGUGUGACUCAUCCCGGAGUGGCUCAAGACGCGUUCAACUACGUCAUCAACGUAGUCCAAGCGUUCUUCCACAUUCCCAAGGACGAUUUCUACGUAGACACGUUCAUUCUGACAGGAGUUUCACAAGUGGAAGAGCCUCAUGUGUCGAAUGCGAGAUUCAUCAAGCGGUAUGAGUUUUUAAAACCACAUCCUUUCACUCCGUUCUACGGGUUUACUGAUGAUGAGGUGUUCGAUCUUUUAGGAAGGUUGAACGUUGAAGUUGACAACGACAAGUUUGAGUUGGUCAAGCAUCACUACGGUGGGUAUGAGAGUUUGAGUAACCUGACGAUUAGUAAUCCUUGGUCUGUUCUAAAGUAUUUAGAAAAUAAGGAAAUUGAACACGGGUGGACUAAAUGUAUUGGAAUACCAAAUCUAAAAGGUCUUCUAAUGAUUCCUGAUGUCAACCAAAAAUUGGAGAGGAUGUUGAAAGGUCUUCCGACUGUGAUGGAGCUGAAGAGAAGUUUGUCUGCGGAAAACCUAAAAGUCCUUCGGGAUAUAGUUAACUAUCCUGAAGGGAAAGCGCAUUUGUGGUAUACUACCCUCUUCUACACUUUCUUCUUCCAGGAAGGUUUUUUGGCUUUCGAUUCUUCGGUGAUUUCCGAGGUCAGUGAUGCUAGGAGGUAUGUAAUCCCUAAUGAAGAGAUUAAGCAGUUUUUGUUGUACACUUUAAAGUGAUCUAAAAGGUUUGAAGUGCCGUUCGCACUGAAUGUUUACAAGGAAUAGUGUAGGUAAUUAUAGAACGUGAAUGAAAAUCUUAAGUGUUUGUAAUAUAACAGUUGUAUUUUGUAUUAUUGUAAAAAUGUGUUUUCGGAUUCCAUAAAAACUGUAAUUUGUUAGUGACACUAGUGGCUUGAGUGAGAUAUGAUCAGAUAUGUAAUUAGUUUCAUAAAUGACUUUAGGUGUUGUCAUGUAUAUAGAUUUUACUAGUUAUAAACUUUAUUUUACUCUUUUCAUCAUGAUUAGUUUCUCAUCACUAGGUUUUACCUGUGUAAAUUAUGCUGGUUCACUUUUUUACUCUAAAUUUUUCCUAUCCUCACUUUAAGUUUUUGUCUAUAAAUGUCUCAGAGCCCUUACUUUUAGCUUAGACCUGUACUUUAGCUCAAUUAAAAAAAUCCAAUGUUCUGCUUCUAAAGUACAGUUAAAAGA